CCCCCCCCCCCCCUCCCCCGUCGCUCUUUUCGCUAGUUGAUCGGGAUGGGUUUCUUUGCCGGUCACGGACCCGUCGACCAGUCCGAACUGGAUAAUUUCGGAGUCGAUUGGGUCAUCCACUUUUCGUUCGAAGAAGUCGAGCUGUCUCAGGCAAUCCAGGAAUUUCGCACCUUGAUCCAAGACCUCCAGGAAGCGCAUCUUGAGGUCCAGGUCCGCCAUGGCCAUGGCUCCUCCUUGCUAGUGUGCAUCCGCGUCCCCCCUGACCUGUUGGGCAAUUUGGUUUACAAGUCUCGGGUGAAGGACUGGCUUCAUGGAAUCAUCCAUGAGCUUCCCCAGGGCGAUGAUUACGCUGUGGUAGAAGCUGAAACUCCCGCUGAGGCCCUCCGGUCGGUGUAUCAUGCGGUCAGCUGGCAGAAGUCGCUCGGAGGGGCUGGCGUCACCCCCACACUCGGCCAGUGGAAGAAUGUCACGACUUCCAUUCCUCUGCACGAUCGCUCCGCUAAUGCGGAGCUGCUGCGAAAAUGGAGCAAGACCAUUUUUUUGACCGCUGAGGAUCUUGACGCUAUUCGGGCCCUGUUUGGAGAGAAGAUUGCUUUCUACUUCGCCUUCAUCCACUGCUACUCGUGCUUCUUGGUCUUCCCCGCCGCCUGGGGCAUCUUCUGUUGGUUCUACCUCGGACCCUACUCGAUUACAUGUGGCGCGGUCACUUGUCUCUGGGCGAUUGUGUUUGUGGAGUACUGGAAAACCCGCGAGAUGGACCUGAGCCUUCGGUGGAAUGUCAAAGAUGUUGGGUUCCUGAAGGUGACCCGGCCGCAGUGGAUUUGGGACAAGGAAAUCGUCAACCCGGGCACGGGAGAAACCAUCCGCGUCUUUUCGGUCCAUCGUCAGUUCGCCCGCCAGCUGCUGCUGAUUCCUUUUGCGUCGGUCGCAGCUCUUGCUUUGGGCAGUUUGAUCAUCCUGACGUUCGCCCUGGAGAUUAUGGUUUCGGAGGUGUACAAUGGUCCCAUGAAGGGUUACCUGGAAUUCCUUCCCACGAUUCUGUUCUCAUUAUCGUUGCCAACCAUCAACAACACCCUGACCGAGUUUGCGAAACGAUUGACCGACUACGAAAACUACCGCACGCAAGAUCAAUACGACCUGGCGCAGACCUCUAAGACGUUCGUGAUGAACUUCAUUACGUCUUUCCUGCCUACUCUCCUCACAGCCUUCGUAUACGUGCCCUUCGGAGGCAAGAUCGUCCCGUACCUCGAUACCCUUCGUGAAUACGGUCUUUUGUCGGCCAACCUUGCCCGGGAGAUCAACAUCGACACGUCCCGUCUCCAGCAGGAAGUCAUCUAUCUAUCUGCGACCGCCCAGGUCCUCAAUUUUGGCGAGGAGAUCGUACUGCCGUACGUGAAACAGACCCUGUGGCAUAAGUGGCGCGAUUACCGGGAGGGCCGUCACGCCACUCGCUAUCCACGUCGCUAUUCCACGAGGACUGAUCAACUCCUGGUCGACGCCCCCGAAGAGUCCGCGUUCCUUUCCCGAGUCCGGGAUGAGCUCGAAGCGGAUGAAUACAAUGUACACGACGACACUCUGGAGAUGUGUGUACAGUUCGGCUUCCUUGUUCUGUUCGGGGUCGCAUGGCCUUUGGUCUCGCUGGGAUUCCUGGCAAACAACUGGUUGGAGCUGCGAGGGGACUUUUUCAAGCUGAGUCUGGAAUGCCAGCGCCCCCCGCCGAUCCGAGCUGACUCGAUCGGGCCGUCGCUCCAGGGGUUAGAGGUGCUCAGCUGGCUCGGGACGCUGUCGACGGCUGCGAUUGUGUACCUCUACCGCGACGGCAUGGAGGAGGUCCACAUCUCCUCGCUUCUCAUGGCACUCCUCUUCGCGGAGUGGGCGUACGUCAGCAUCCGUUACAUUGUCCGGACGGGCAUUGAGAAGAUUGCCUUUGUAUCGCUGCGACGCGAGGCGUCCAAGCGUUACGCGAUGCGCAAGCGCUACCUGGAAGCCACCUCCGGAAGGGUGUCACCUCGAGGCAAGCCGCGCGUGCGGUUCCAGGACCGCGUGAGCGUCUUCUCGUCCGCGACGGACGUGGGAGCCAGUGGUAAGGAGGAUUUCCUGCACCCCGGACAUGAGGGUAUGGGUCGCAGAGGGUUCUGGGCGCAGGAGACAGCGGACGCAGGCGUUCGGCUGAUCAAGGCGCUGAACAAUAACAUGGACGGAUCGCGGACCGGUCCGGUCAAGGGCGCGAAAGGCGCUUGAACAUAGAAACGCUCACUCACUGCAUGUACAUUGCGCAUCCUUCGUCUUGAUUCCGAUCGUCGCGGGAAGACGGGAAGAAAACCUGCCGGGCGGAAGAAGUGACCCACACGAGAUCGUUCGCUGGGUGACUUGACUGUAUAUUUUCUUUUCUAUAUCUCUCUAGAUAUUUUCUUGGACCGUAGCAUAGUAUUAAUAUGUAUGCCUUGUUUCCCA